CAAACCACAUCCUUCUGAGUGUGUACUAAAUUACAAGUAUCCUUGCAGUGAUCAAAAGGAAGAGACAAUGAAGUUACUAUUGAAGUAUGCUCUAAAUGUUCCAUUGAUUUCUUUUCUCUUAACUCCAGCCUAUCAUGGAGAGGAAAUUAUUGGAGGUCAUGACGUUAAACCACAUUCAAAACCUUACAUGGCAUCCCUUCAAAUAUUUAGAAAACCAAGGGGGUAUCGUCACUCUUGCGGAGGAGCUUUGAUCGGACAUAACUGGGUAUUAACUGCAGCACACUGUGAAAUACCACCUAAGUACAUGAGUGUAAACCAGCCUCCUCGAGUGGUUCUUGGAGCACAUAUUCUUUCAGCAAAUGAGCAGAGUCAACAAAUACGUUAUAUUCGCAAGCAGUUUCCACAUCCACAAUACAGAAAUCAAACUCUUGAAAAUGACAUCAUGCUGCUGCAACUUGAGAAAGCAGUGACCCUGAACAAGUUUGUGGAUUUCCUGAACCUGCCGAACUCGGAAAAGGAUGCAAAAGCUGGAGAUAGUUGUAGUGUUGCAGGUUGGGGGACUACUAUUGUUGGGAAACCUCAGCCACCAAAGGUGCUGCAAGAAGUAAAUGUAACUAUUGUAGACAGGAACCUGUGUUCUAAAUAUUACGCCUACCAUCCUGCAAUAACUGCAGAUGUGCUCUGUGCUGGUGAUGAAAAAGGAGGUAAAGAUUCCUGCCAGGGUGAUUCAGGGGGUCCACUGGUAUGCAAGGGAAAAUUCAGUGGAAUUGUUUCCUUUGGAUGCAGUUGUGGGGUACCCCACAAACCAGGCAUUUAUACACGACUCUCAGAAAAGUACCUCUCCUGGAUUAAGAAGAUCAUUUCAAAAUGAAGUUUUCAGUGAUGUUCUAAACUGUUAUAAUGCUUGCUAUAAUGUCUUAGAGUCUAGUCAUGUGUUUUUUUCCUGCAGAAAUGUUAUUUGGUAGUGAAUAUAGUGGUGCUGAAGAAGUUAAGUCACCAGAGUUAGUAAAACAGACACCCCUACGCUAACAACCCAGAGACCCAAGUUUGAAUCCCUUGAGAACAACAGUGGAAUUUAAAUUCAGUUAACGGUAGGAGAGGUUAAAGAAAACAUACUGGUUAAUUUGAGUGCUGAUGAUCUCUUAUCACUGGAUUGUCACUGAAACCCAUCUGCUGCCCUUUUGCGAGAGCAGAUCCACCCUUCUCUUACUCGUUUUGACUAACGUAGCUCCUGGCAUGUAAUUGGCUUUUAAGUACCCGUUGAAAUGACUCAACACUUCUUUCAUUUGUUCCGUUGCCCUUGUAUUCAAGCAAAUAAGUAAAUCUGGAGACAGAUCCUAUGGCAUUGACCCAGCCAUUGAAUUCAAACACAACAGAAUUGGUUCAACUGCCAUUGAAUUCGUGAAGUCCUGCUCAUAAACAACUAGGGACUGGUGUCUAAAUUUUGAAAUUCACAGACUAGACAACUUUCAGCCUGAUGUAAUUACACUUACUGAAUCAAACCUUACAAGCAAUGUAUCACUACCUUUGGGCACAUCUUGUCCAGACAUAACAUAGGUCCAGCAGAGGUGGUGGGACAGUGAUAGAUUGAUUGAAAGGAACAGGAGUCCUCAGCAUUGACUACAGACUCAUGAAGUCUCAUGGCAAUAGGCCAUACAUGAGCAAAGAAACUUCUUCACAAUUACCACAGAUCAUCUUUUUCAGUUGGUGAAUCAGUGCUCCUCCUCACUGAACAACACUUAGAAAAAGCACUAAAAAUAGCAAGGCUUCAGAAUAAACUCUGUAUAAGGGUCUUCAAAGUUAAUCACCAUGUGUGGCUUGGUGACAUCGCCAAUGAUCAUAACCUGAAGGGCAAAGCUGUAAGGCUUGAGUGAAACAUCUCAAGGAAUAAUAGAAGAUUAAGACAGUCCAAACCACUGACCAUCCAUUUCUUGCUAUAGAUGCUACUGAUGCUGAGUUCUCCAGCAUUUUGUUAGUUGAACCUUCUUGAUCUCAUACUCAGCAACCUGCCUGUAGCAAAUGCAUUUGUCCAUGAUAGCUUUAGGCAGAAGCAACCAUCUUAAAAUCAUUGUGAAGAUGUUCCAUAUCUGCAACAAAGCCUCCUACUAUCAUGCUCGGGACUCUACAAAUGUGCUCCAUGGUAUAGACUGGAUACUAAUGAGGCAACUUCGCUCCAUCUCUCUCUGGCCAGCCAAUGUGAUUCCACUUCCCAUUCCCACACUGACAUGUCUGUCCAUGGCUUCCUCUACUACCAUGUUGAGGUCAGACACAGUUUGGAGGAGGUACAUCUCAUAAUCCAUUUUGGUAGUCUCCAACCUGAUGGCAUAAACAUCAAUUUCUCUUACUUUCUCUCCUCCACAACCCCCCCCCCCAAAACUUUGUCUUCCAUUUUCUCUGCGGCCCCUUUAUCAUUUUCCCCAUUCUCAGGACCUACCCAUCAUCCUCAACCUCUUCUAAUUCCCUACCUCCUUCACUCUAUUCCAUAGUCUUCUGUCCUUUCCCAUCUGAUUCCUUCUUCUUCAGCCCUUUGUCUCUUCUGCCUAUCACCUCCCAUCUUUUCAAGAAAUGUCUUUUUUUCCCCCCUCUACCAUUCUUCUGCCUUCAGCUUCUCACCGGGUUGCAUCUAAUAGUUAGUGCUCCUCCCCUCAUCCACCCUUUUAUUCCAGCUUCUGCCUACUUCUUUUUCAGUCCUGAUGAACGGUCUCAACCCAAAAUGUUGACUUUUUAUUCCUCUCCAUAGAUGCUGACUGACCUGUUGAGUUUCUCCUGCAGCACUUGCCCAAAAGUGGAAUCAAGACACCUAUUUAAACACACUGAAAUUAAAAGGGUCAAAGAGAAAACACCACAGUGGUUGGAGCCAUUUCCCCAAUGAGAGAUUAUGGUGAUUGUAUUGGGUCAUCAUCCAAGUUCCACAUCACAUCUGGUAGAGUCCAAAGCAUAACCAUCUCCAGCUACUUCAUCAAGAAAUUUGAGUGUUUUCUGAUGAUUACACAAAGUUCAAUUCCAUUUGCAACUCUUCAGAAAAUGAAGUUGUCCAUUCCUGCAUACAACAACAGCUGGUCAUAUUGGUAUGAUUCUCAUCAACUGAUAGAAAACUAAUUUUAAAAAUCCCCACUCCUGGUACUUGGAACACUUGAAAUGAAAGAAAAUUGCAAGUGUAAACAGGAGAGCAGGCUGUGCUCCACCUCUGCAUGGACCACCCACCAUUAUUCCUGUGACUAUUACCCACAUUAUUCCUGUAACUAUUACCCACCACUGGCGCAUGGCCAAAUGAUUAAGGCGUUGGUCUAGUGAUCUGAAGGUCACUAGUUUGAGCCUCAGCUAAGGCAGCGUGGUGUGUCCUUGAGCAAAGCACUUAACCAUGCAUUGCUGUGCAACGACACCAGUGCCAAGCAGUAUCGGCCCUUGCCCUUCCCCUGGACAAUGUCAGUGACGUGGAGAGUGGAGACCUGCAGCAUGGGCAACUGCCGGUCUCCCAUACAACCCUGCCCAGGCCUGCACCCUGGAAACUUUCCAAGGCACAAAUCCAUGGUCUCUCGAAACUAAUGGUUGCUUAUGAUACUAUGAUUACCCACCAUUAUUCCUGUAAUUAUUACAGGAGAGCAAGUUACAUUCUGCAUUUGUAUGGAGUACCACCCAUUAUCUACCUUUUCAUUUUGCAGAUCUUUACCACUGUGUAAUUCCAAAGCUGUGUGACAUAAUUCAACCUUUCUAGCUUGCAUGCACUAAACAGAAUUGACCUGCUUUAGUGACUAUCGUUAGUAUGCUGUAAAAUGAGAUAUGUAAGUGAUGCUAUGCAUAUUAAGUGUUCUUUCACAUCAAAUAAAAGGUUUAUGCA